AUGGAUGCCCCGGUAGAAGGUGAUGAUUGUGACGAUUGUGGAGAAGUAUAUGAGGACAUUGUCCGCUGUCUAGGUUCAACACCGUCCUGGGUUAAGCAACGGGGGGUCGGGACGUCCGAGGGUCCUCCACAUGCCCCUCGGGCCUCCGGGCAAGAAGAGAGACGAUUUUUAUACCCCGAUUGGGACACGGCAGAGUAUGACAAUGGCGGUCCGUUUGCUCCGUAUGGAGCGGGCGGAGGUCCACCGGAAGUUGCGGAAGGCGGGCCACAGGAGGAAGCAUACGUCGGUCCACCGGAAUUGACACUGGGCGUACUGCCACCGAAUACCAUGUUCCACGGGCCUUCAGGGAUACCCCAGAACAAGCAGGAAAAAACGAUUCAAGAUCUGAAGGAUGAAAUAUUGAGGCAGGAAGAAACGAAUAAAAAGCUGACGGAAGAUAAUUUGAGGCAGGAAAUUUCGAUUCAAGAUCUAAAGGAUGAAAAAUUGAGGCAUGAAGAAAUGAAUAAAAAGCUGACGGAAGAAAAUUUGAGAACAAAGCAACUUGAGAAAUACUGUUUCUUGUAUUACUGGCUGCAUUCGGACUGUCAUGUCUCUCUUGAAACACCUGCAAGAACAUACAUAAGUAUCCACCCACCUGACACAAAAGGCUCUCAUCCAAAUCAACCGAACGUGGUACAAUCUCUGGAGGAGGAUAUUAAACGCCUAGGGAAUCCAACUGAGAUUAUGCCUUUAGUCGGUCUGAAUGCUGACGAAAUAGAUGAAUGGUACAAAACAAUUGAUGUCCAUUUUAAACAGUGGACUGAUGAUUACCGAAUGCUAGAAACAGCUCUCGUUAAAGGAUCAGACGACUUCAAGAAUUACUUAGAAAAACACAAACCUAGCAUUCAAAACAAAAUGUGUCCACUCUACAUCUAUUCAGCUGCCUGGGAUCACACAUUGACACACUGCGACAGCUCAAGAUGGCACAAAGAUUGAGGAUACUAAGCACUUACGUGCCUGAACAUAAAUUAUCCAUUUUGCAUAGCUUAUGUUUAUACAUUCUCAUACUGUAACAAUAUAUAUGUACACUAUUAUUUCAUAGAUUGGUUUUUUUAGUAUUUGUAGAAUUUUAGUGAUGUGUUAGUCUUGUUUCUGGUGUAUGAAUUAGGGUAUGUAAUGUUAAUAUGUAUGUGAAUCUAGUUCAUUGUCGUUAAGGUUCUUGUAGUGUGUCCAUAGACAAGUUCUUCUUCAUAUUUCCCUGUAGUUUGUGUUGUAUCAUUGUGUAAAAUGCCAAUAAAACACUAAUAGUGAAAAUUAUAGUAAUACUUGCGUGCAAUAUGUAAGUCACAUGACAGUUUAAUAUUUCGAAUCUCCUUUUUGUAUUACUGCAAAACAGUAAAUUUAAAAAGUGUAUAAACUAUCCUGUGAACAACAUAGCUGAUCUCCUACUAUGCAAUGUAUUCCAUUUCUUACCUUCUAAUUUAAAGUGACAAUCUUAUUCAAAAUCAAUACAUACCCAUGUAUAACAAACAUAAAUUUAUGUAUCAACACUGAUAAACCUUUAAGUACUUACUAAAUAAUGCAUUUAUGGAAAAUAUUUAUUUCUGACAUUAAGAUUUUAACAGUUUAUUUUAUAGCAGAACGCUCAAAAAUAUCAAAUAAUUGGUGAAUGCUAAAAGAUUUACUGUGGUCUACAUAACGUAGAAAUACCGUGUUUUUGCUCAUUUCAUUCAAAUUAAACGUUGUAUCCUUCACAAGAACCAUUGUUUUCGACAUUUAUUAUUUUUAAAUAUUAGAAAGGUAUUAUUAAUUGUGGUAAAUCUUGUUUGGGAGUAAGAGUGCAUCUUUAACUCUAAAGCACAAGUAGAUUGAAUAAUAAUUGGCUUUGUCAUGACCGAUAUAUUACAUACUACUCAGAAUAAGUAAAAUAAACUUACUAUACUUUAACACAUAUUGUUUGAGUGUGCAAGUGUUGUUUCCCCAAAAAUAAGUAAUUGCUUUGAUA